CCCGCCCCGCGGCCCGGCCCGGCCCGCCCCAUCCUGCCCCGUCCGUCCCGUCCCGGCGGCGCGGCGGGGAUGGCGGCGGACGGGUGGCGCGACGACGAGGAGCUGCCGGUGUACCUGGCGCGGCCCGGCACGGCGGCGGUGCCUCGUCAGAAGCGCGGGGGCCUCUUCUGCAACGUCGAGGGCGCCUUCGAGAGCAAGACGCUCGACUUCGGGGCACUGCACGUUGGGCAGCGCCGCGCCCCGCCGCCCGUCCGCCCCGGCCCCGACCCUCCGCCCGGCACGGUCCCCGGCCCCGGCCCGGCCGCUGGCGACGUCCGCGCCUCCUCCGGCCAAGAGCAGCUCCAGGACGCGGCCCCCGCGGACGACACGAGUGAUCGUCUCCUUAUUAAAGGAGGGCGAAUAGUCAAUGAUGACCAGUCAUUCUAUGCUGACAUUUACAUGGAGGAUGGCCUCAUAAAGCAGAUUGGAGACAACCUGAUUGUUCCUGGAGGGGUCAAAACCAUAGAAGCCAAUGGGAAGAUGGUGAUCCCUGGAGGAAUUGAUGUCCACACUCGUCUGCAGAUGCCAUACAAGGGAAUGACCUCUGUGGAUGACUUCUUCCAAGGAACAAAAGCAGCUCUGGCUGGUGGAACCACCAUGAUUAUGGAUCAUGUGGUGCCAGAGCCGGAGUCCAGCCUGGCCGAGGCGCUGGAGCGGUGGCGGGAGUGGGCUGAUGGCAAGGCCUGCUGUGACUAUGCCUUGCACGUGGACAUCCCACGCUGGAGCGACCAUGUCAAGCAGGAGCUGCACGCCAUGGUCCAGGAGAAAGGUGUUAACUCCUUCAUGGUGUAUAUGGCCUACAAGGAUUUGUACCAGAUGUCCAACACUGAGCUGUAUGAGAUUUUCAGCUGCCUGGCAGAGCUGGGUGCCAUAGCUCAAGUUCAUGCAGAAAACGGGGAUAUAAUUGCACAGGAACAAGCCAGGAUGUUGGAGAUGGGAAUAACAGGCCCUGAAGGCCAUGUGCUGAGCAGACCUGAGGAGCUGGAAGCAGAAGCUGUCUUCCGGGCCAUCACUAUUGCCAGCCAGACCAACUGUCCUCUCUACGUGACUAAAGUGAUGAGCAAAAGUGCUGCUGACCUCAUCUCACAAGCCCGAAAAAAAGGCAUUGUGGUGUUUGGUGAGCCCAUCACAGCCAGUCUGGGGACUGAUGGAACGCACUACUGGAGCAAGAACUGGGCGAAGGCUGCGGCAUUUGUGGUCUCUCCACCACUGAGUCCAGACCCAACCACUCCUGACUACCUUAACUCCCUCCUGGCCAGUGGUGAUCUGCAGGUGUCGGGAAGUGCUCACUGUACCUUCAGCACUGCACAGAAAGCCAUUGGAAAAGACAACUUCACGGCGAUCCCAGAAGGAACCAAUGGCAUAGAGGAACGAAUGUCUGUCAUCUGGGACAAGGCAGUGGCCACUGGAAAGAUGGAUGAAAACCAGUUUGUGGCUGUCACAAGCACUAAUGCUGCCAAAAUCUUCAACCUGUAUCCACGGAAAGGGAGAAUAGCAGUGGGCUCGGACAGCGAUCUGGUUAUAUGGGAUCCUGAUGCUGUAAAAAUCAUCACAGCAAAAACCCAUCAGUCUGUGGCUGAAUAUAACAUCUUUGAGGGGAUGGAGCUCCGUGGGGCCCCACUGGUUGUCAUAUGCCAGGGGAAGAUCAUGCUGGAGGAUGGCAACCUGCAUGUGACCCAAGGGACUGGACGAUUCCUGCCCAGCAGCCCUUUCCCUGACUACGUCUACAAGCGCAUCAAAGCCAGGAGGAAGAUGGCAGAGGUGCAUGCUGUGCCCCGGGGCUUGUAUGACGGACCCGUGUUUGACCUGACCACCACCCCCAAGGGGAGCACCCCUGCGGGGUCAACCAGGGAGUCCCCCACACGUCAGACACCACCCGUCAGAAAUCUCCAUCAGUCUGGAUUCAGCCUGUCAGGUACCCAGGUUGAUGAAGGCAUGCGCUCAGCAAGCAAGCGCAUUGUUGCACCCCCGGGAGGCCGCUCCAACAUCACCUCCCUGAGCUAAAUGUCCCGGCUGAGGAGGAAACAAAAUCCCUGUUCAAGCAAAGGAAGAAAAAUGGUACAUUGGUGUUGAAGAAUGAAAAGAAACAAACCUGUUCUGAAGAAUCAAUAAGCCUCAAGCCUUAUGUUUCACAAAUGCUACUUGCUACCUAGCUUUAAAGAUGUUGCUUCAUUUUGUUUUUGCAUAGCCUUAAAGUUCUGUUGUUGUUACUGUUGUGGGUUUGGUUGGAUUAUGUUUUGCUCUUCCUCUCUGUAUGCAUGCUGCUCGGACAGGUUGCUGGGUUCAGUGUUAUUGGUGUUGAAUGUGUGUGGGAUGCCGUGGUGUGGGACAGUGGGAACGGCCCACAGGCGACCCGGCCAGGCAGGUGAGGGGGCAGGGUCUGGCCGGAGGCAGGAUGUCAGAUGGGGAGGGCAGGUGCACUGAGCUCGUUGGGAGAGGUGGGUCUGUCAUAUUCAUCUCCUUCAUCUCCACCCAAUGCUCUGGAGUUUCAUCAUGAGGCCUGUGGGGGAGCUUGAAUCACCUCUGUAACAGCUGUCACAGCACCUUGUGUAAGUUUUACUACUUUGUACACUUUAUUAAAAAAAAAGUUGUUCCUUCAAA